AUGUGCUCCCUCGACUACCACUUUCAUGACUGCCUGGCCCCAGAAGCGAGGAGGCCCGACCCAGCCUCCGACCCAGCCACCGACCCAGCCACCGACCCAGCCACCGACCCAGCCACUGACCCAGCCUCCGACCCAGCCACCGACCCAGCCACCGACCCAGCCACCGACCCAGCCACCGACCCAGCCACUGACCCAGCCUCCGACCCAGCCACCGACCCAGUCACCGACCCAGCCACCGACCCAGCCACCGACCCAGCCACUGACCCAGCCUCCGACCCAGCCACUGACCCAGCCUCCGACCCAGCCACCGACCCAGCCACUGACCCAGCCACCGACCCAGCCACCGACCCAGCCACCGACCCAGCCACCGACCCAGCCACCGACCCAGCCACCGACCCAGCCACCGACCCAGCCACUGACCCAGCCUCCGACCCAGCCACCGACCCAGCCACCGACCCAGCCACUGACCCAGCCACCGACCCAGCCACCGACCCAGCCACCGACCCCACCACCGACCCAGCCACCGACCCCACCACCGACCCAGCCACAGACCGAGCCACCGACCCAGCCACCGACCCAGCCACCGACCCAGCCACCGACCCAGCCACCGACCCAGCCACCGACCCAGCCACUGACCCAGCCUCCGACCCAGCCACCGACCCAGCCACCGACCCAGCCACUGACCCAGCCACCGACCCCACCACCGACCCAGCCACCGACCCAGCCACCGACCCCACCACCGACCCAGCCACCGACCCCACCACCGACCCAGCCACAGACCGAGCCACCGACCCAGCCACCGACCCAGCCUCCGACCACACCACCGACCCAGCCACCGACCCAGCCACCGACCCAGCCACAGACCGAGCCACCGACCCAGCCACAGACCGAGCCACCGACCCUGCCACUGACCCAGCCACCGACCCAGCCACCGACCCAGCCACCGACCCCACCACCGACCCAGCCACAGACCGAGCCACCGACCCAGCCACAGACCGAGCCACCGACCCAGCCACCGACCCAGCCACCGACCCAGCCUCCGACCACACCACCGACCCAGCCACCGACCCAGCCACAGACCGAGCCACCGACCCAGCCACAGACCGAGCCACCGACCCUGCCACAGACCCAGCCACUGACCCAGCCACCGACCCAGCCACCGACCCAGCCACCGACCCCACCACCGACCCAGCCACAGACCGAGGCACCGACCCAGCCACAGACCGAGCCACCGACCCAGCCACAGACCGAGCCACCGACCCUGCCACAGACCCAGCCACUGACCCAGCCACCGACCACACCACCGACCCAGCCACCGACCCAGCCACCGACCACACCACCGACCCAGCCACCGACCCAGCCUCCGACCACACCACCGACGCAGCCACCGACCCAGCCACCGACCCAGCCACCGACCCUGCCACAGACCCAAUCAAGAAGAAGAUGCGCACAUUAGUCUUCCUAAGACAAAGUUAA